AUGUUUUGGGAAUGUCAUAUUGUCACAUCUUCAAUCGAUAAAUUAUUGGAUGAUUUUGAAAAUUUAAAAUUACAAGAUUUAUUAGAUGAAAAUGAUUUAAUUCAAGAAUGUUUGUCACAAAAUAAACGUUUAAUCGAUUAUUUAACACAAUCGACUGUUAUGAAUGAAUUAUUACAAUAUAUUAUUCAUUUACCAUCGGAAGAAAUUAAUGAACGUAAACGUUUUCGUUAUUCUCAUGUUGUCAGUGAAUUAUUAUCGGGUGAUUUUCAACGUAUACAAGAUACAUUAUUAGAACAAACAAAUUUAGAUACUUUAUAUACAUUUUUAACAUUAAAUGAGACGAAACAAGAAAAUAAUGAACCGUUAUUGAAUCCAAUAUUAGCUAGUUAUUUUUCACGAAUAAUGAUUACAUUAAUAAUUCGACGUCCACAAGAAAUACUAGAAUAUCUAAAAUCAAAAGAAACAUUUAAAGAUGAUAUUUUAAAGCAUUUGGAUACAACAUCAAUUAUGGAUAUUCUUUAUCGUUUAAUAUCGGAUAGUGGUGAAUAUCGUUCAGAUGCUAUUCAAUGGUAUGAGCAAAUAAAUAUGAUCGAUUCGAUAAUAGAACAGUUUUUACAAUCAAAUUCAUCGUCUGUACAUGUAAAUGCUGUUAAUUUAUUAAGCGAUUUUAUUCGAUUUGGAAUUGAUCAAACAACUUUUGAUGAUGGCAUUGUUACCAAUAACAACAAUCCGAAUAUUUUAAUGAGUGAGAACGGGAUGAUGAUGAUGAUGAUGCAAAAUGAAGGACUUCAGUCAAAUGAUAGGUCACCUCGUCUACCUAAUUCGUCUUAUCCUGAUGAACAUAAUGAUAGUCAAUCACGUUCACACCCAUCAACGCCAUCCUCAUUAACAAAACUUCUUCCUAUUGUACUUAGUCAACGAAUUAUAUCCAAAACAAAUUUAGAACGUAUAUUUGAUACCAUGGUUGAAUACCAAAAUAAAAAACCUAGUUUAUUAAUAAAUGCAUGUGACUUUUUUGCCACAACUUUGGAAUUGCUAUCCAGACAUAUGCCAGCACCAGUAUGUAUAUCAUUGAAUAAUUCAACAAGUCCCAUCAAUACAAAUACAUCAGCAACACUAAAUAAUACACAACCAUUUCAAACGUCAACAACAACAAAUGACGAUCAAAUAACAAAAGGAACCAAUGGCGAAGAGGAUGAAGAAGAUGAUGUAUUUAAUGAAAAAAACAGCGAUAAUAACAAUCGGAUGCAAAUUAACGAUGAAGAUGAUACGUUAACUUCCAGUAAACAGACAACAAGGACGAGCCAGACGAAUUUGAUUUCAUCGCAGCAGCAGCAACAACAACAACCAUCUUCACCAUCAGCACUUCAAAACGAUCCAUUAGUGCGUGCCUAUAUCACGUUUUUGAGUGUACUAUCAACUCGUUUACCACCGCUAAUUAAUUUAUUAAAUGUACCUUGUCCAUCGUUAAUAAAACAGCUAGAAAUUUAUUCUAUUAUUCGAUUACUAUUUCAUGAUGUUAUAUAUUCCAUGAAUAAUCCAAGCAAAAUAUGGACACGAACACCAUUGCCAUCACAACAUGAUCAAAAUUCAACAAUUGAUAAAUCAACAGUAAACGAAUCGUUUUCUCCAGCCAGUUCAUCAUCACCUCAACAUAAACACGAUCAACCAAAUGUAUCAUACAAUGUUUUAACCAUAUCCGAUAAUAAUAAUUCCUCUUCUACAUUCCAUCUUAAAAAUCGAGGAAUCUAUACUUUAUUUCAAUCAUUAAUGAACGAUUCAAAUUUAUUUGAACGUUUACUUGAUCAAUAUGAGAUGAUUUAUUUAUCAUCAUUAAAACUCGCUAGUGGACAACAAACAUCGUCAUCAUCAAUUUGUACUAAUUUUUGUUCACCUAAUUCCGGUCAUAUUUCAACAAUUUUGCGUUGUCUACGUGAUCAUGCAUCAUUCUUUGAUAAUUAUCAAUUAUAUUUGAGAAAGAUCGAUAAUGAUAAAAAAGAAGACGAUGAACAAAUAGAAGAUAAUAUGCUUGAAUCAAAAUGGCAAACAACUGUUGAACGAUUAAAUUUAGAUGAAAAAAAAUGGUCAUCAAGUAAUCCAGAUAAUCGUUCAAAUAUGAAUAAUAGUACCAGUGGUUUAUUUGGUUCAGAUGAAACAAAUAGUCUAUCAAGACGUCAUAACUAUAAUAAUCGUUGUUUUGGAUCAAGUGGUCCCAGUUAUUUAGAUGAAGAUGAUGAUGAUGAUGAAGUAGAACGUUUUGAAAUUGAAGAUGAUGAUAUUCCAAAUAAUCAAUCUGAUUCAAUAGCAAAUGAACGUAAAGUUGAUCAAAUGAAAAAAACAACGUUCGUUGCACAAUUUCCAACCACAUCGUUUAAUGAACAAUCAUUAUGGGAUCAAUCUGAUGAUAGUACAAAAUCUAAAAAUGAUUUAUCAUCUCAAAAUAAUAAACCAAUUUUACCUGAUCUAUUAGAAAAUCAUCGACAAAAUUUAAAUAUACAAAAAUCAUCGGCCGAACUUAGUUUUGAACAAUUAUGCUCAUUAAGAGCAAACGAUUUGGGACCAUUUAAUAUAAAUACAAUUAAUGAUGAGGGUACCAGUGCGAAUGAUGACAUUUGGAAAGAACGUCCUAUAUCAUUUACCGAUCGUUCGAUGAUAAUUCAACAUUCAGAUAAUAGUGAUGAUAAUGAAAAACAAACUCAAUCAAAUUCAAGUUCCUCUUCGUCUUCUUCCGAUGAAAAUAAUAGUGGUAAUAAAAAUUUAAUAACACAACAGAAAAAACAACGUAAACAUAAAAAUAAAAAUAAAAAUAAUCAUCAAAUUCCAACAACAACAUCAACGAGGAAAACAUUAACAAUAUCUGAUGAUGAGGAUGAUAAAUAUUUUUUAUCAACACCAACUGAAAAUCCAUCGCGAGGAAAUAAUAUGAAAGAAGUAUUCAGUAAUAUGUCUACACCUGAACUUAAUUUAAUAAAUGGUUUAUCAUCAACAAGUACGCCAAAUUGGGCUAAUUUUGACAAUAUUAAUAAACAUAAUAACAGUACCAAUGAAGAUGAUCAAACGCCCAUUAGUCCAAUGGAGCCUGUUUCAAGCAGUACCCCAGAUCGUAACAGAAUGCUCCAAGAUACAGAAACAGUAGAAAAUUGUAAAACAACUUUAUUAUUACCGCCACCACCCCCCUCACAACAACAACAACAGGAACCAAUGGAUCUUGAAAUAAAACAAUCAUUACCUGUAGAAGACGACAAUUCAUUAGAAGAUAAUUUUAAUUUCCUAGUAUCACGUGGUUUUUUGAAAAAAUCAACUUCACCAUCAUCAUCUGUUGAAAAAUUCACUUCUGAAAAAUAG